AUGACAUGUGACAGCUGCGUCCAGGCCGUUUCAGAUUCCCUCUACCAGCUGAAGGGCAUCACCAAGGUCGACGCCAAUCUCAAAGACCAGCUCGUAUCGGUAGAAGGCACAGCAAGCGCGUUCCUGAACCACCCUUUCCAGAUUUGGGAGAUUAUCGGUCGUGCCAUGGUCGUCUCCAAGCAGGAUGACGCUGCCGCGCCGUUGAAGAACGAUGCGGACACGCUUGUUGGUGUGGUUGCGAGGAGCGCCGGCAUGUGGGAUAAUGACAAGACGGUUUGCUCGUGCACGGGCAAGACGUUGUGGGAGGAGAGGCAGGAUGAAGUCAAGAAGGGGAUGCUCUGA